AUGUCUCUAGAAGCAGAGGUCGCCCACUUCAACUCCAUCCCAUGGGUCGCGAACCUCCUCCGCGAUGACAGCUACGCGCUCAUCCCCACACGCACGCGCCAUCAAAACGAGUCCCUGAAAUCAGAAGACUUCUUCUUCGCCAGGGCACUAAACACCCCAACCACAAUCUCCGCCUGUAUAAUGCAGGUCAAACCCCCACAAGCAAGCCGUCCGAAACCACCGAAUGCCUCGUCAUCGCCCGUCACGCCCGCCGAGGAAAUCCGCGCCUUCUUCACGGUCGGCGAGGACGUCAUGGGCCCGCCGGGGGCCAUGCACGGCGGCGCGGUGGCUAGUAUUUUAGACCAGGUGCUGACCGAGCUGCUCAUGGCGGGCGGCCAUUGCGGAUGGGUCGUGGAUCGCGCGGAGAAGCUGUUCGAGGGGCCGGUCACGGCGUACCUGAACACGACAUAUGUGCGGCGGGUGCCGGCGCCAGGCACGGUGGUGGUUUAUGGGCGCUUGAAGGAGGCCAUUGAGGGUCGGAAGUGGAAGGUUGAGGGCGAGAUUCGGGAUUCUGAAGACCGGGUGCUUUCGAGGGCGGAGUGUUUGUUUGUGAAGAUUAGUGCGAAGCUAAAGACAGCCAUGGCAAGUCCUCUCGGAGAGUUCCUCCCUGCGCAAGCCCCCCAUGGCGCGACAUCUCGUCGCAUCGACUUUGUCACUUGCUCCCCUCCCCUCCCUGAAUACAAGAACCUCUCCGCCAUCAUCAUCGACAAUGUCCUCACAGGACCCGAAUGCAAAGAACUAAUCCGUCUAGCGGAAUCAUCCACUCCCACCUGGACGCGCGCGACAAUCAACGGAGGAAACGGCAAACAAAUCCUAGCCACAGACGAGCGCAACUGCGGCCGAAUCAUCUACGACAGCCGCACGCUAGGCGACAAACUGCUCGCGCGACUGCUGCCCUUCCUCCGGGAGCAUGGCAUUGAUCGCAUAGAGAACGCACCCCUAGUCACUGGGCUUGCAGGACGCAACAAGACGUAUCGUCUCACGCAGCUGAACGAGCGUCUGCGUUUUCUUCGCUACGAGGGAGAGGAGUAUUUUCGUCCCCAUUGUGAUGCGCAUUAUACCACGCCUGACGGGCGGGAGAAGUCAUUUUACACGGUUCAUUUGUAUCUGAGCGGGGAGGGGAGCCAGGAUGCGGAGGAGCUGCGACAGGCUGAGAUGCGUGUGGGAGAACAGGGUGAUGUUAAUCUGGAUGUGGAGGGUGCGCUUCUAGGAGGAGCGACGUCAUUUAUGCCUCGGUUUGAGGAGCAGGAGAGACAGCUGCGGGUUUUUCCAAUGACAGGGUCGGUGCUGGUGUUUCAGCAGAAGAAUCUGCUGCAUGGAGGGGAUCCGGUGUUCCGCGGGACGAAGUAUACCAUGCGGACGGAUGUUAUGUAUCAGCAGGAGUGA